GCCUAUGCUUUACGAUCCAGCCUCUACUUAUUAAUAUAUGUGCGAUAAUCGUAUCAUAGUACCUACCCACAAUUCGCUCGUGUCGCCAUCGUGAGUGUUCCGGGCUAUCAGGGUUGCAGAAAUGUUUCAUCCAACCAGAGGCGGUGUUCGCGGAGGGAAAGAUCAGUUCAAAUGGGACGACGUGAAGAGCGACAAGUUUCGGGAGAACUUCCUCGGCCACAGUGUGAUGGCGCCUGUCGGCCGCUGGCAGAAAGGCAAGGACCUACAGUGGUACGCGCGGAAGCCCGGGGACAAGGCAGCGGCGCAAGCGGCAGCGGAGGAGCAGCUGAAGCUUGAAAAGCAGAGGAUAAAGGAGGAGGAAGAGGCGGCGAUGAACGAGAUGCUGGGGAUAGCGCCUGUCAGGAGGAAAGGGCCGAAGCUGGGGGAGACACGUGGCAUGGAGAAGGGCGAGGUGGAGGAGCUGUUCCGGAGGGGGCAGAGCGGCGAGGUGCUCACCCAGGAGUAUGCGUCUGGAGAGAGGAUUGAGGGACUUGGCUUCGCGCCGGCGCCGGGGCAUGAGGAGCGCGUGGCUCGCAUGAAGAAGCAGCUGGAGGAGAAGAUCGCUGCACAGGGUGCUGGAGCAGUCAAUAGCGAGGAUAAGGUAACAGGCAGCAGUACCAGGGCUGCAGCGACGGGGCAGGGUGGUGGGAACGGUGAUGAAUCGGAAAAGGAGGAAAACAUGCGUGGCAAAGGGGGUGAGGAAGCAGGUUUUGCAAGGGGGGGCGUUGGGGAAGGAGGUAAAAGAAGGAAGGGCAGCAAGAAAGGGGAGAAGGAGGGCAGCAAGAGGAGGAAAAAGGGUCGGCAUGCUUCGUCCAGUUCCUCCUCAUCAUCAGAUUCAGAUUCAGAUUCAGAAUCAGAAUCGGGCUCGGAUUCGGGUUCGGACGGAUCGGAAGAGGGAGGAGAGGGAGCAAGGAGGAAAGCGGGGGCAGCAGCGGAUGGGGCAACAGUGGAGGGGGAUCGGAAAAAGGGUAGGCGUGCAAAGCAGAGGGACGAGAGGAGGCGUGUGCGGGAGGCAGAGCGUGAGGGCAAGGUUCGGGUGAGCAAGAAGCGGCAGAGGCGGUACGCUCGGGAGGAGAAACUGGCUCGAAAGAAGGCUCGGCGAGAGGAACGGCGACGAGCCGAGAAAGAGCUCGCUGCAACUGCUGGUAAAAGUGAUGGGUAUAGAGAUGAGAAGCACAGGGAAGGAGGAGGAGGAGACAGCAGGAAGCGGGAAAAUUCUAGGGUGGAUGAGGGAGACAGGGAGCUGGGGCAAGUGAGGGGGGUGAAGGGUGGUGCAGGGAGGAGCUUUGAGGCUAUGUUUUCAAUGGGGGGCUUGGAGGCUGACGCUGCUAAGUUGAGGAAGAUACGGGAGCAGGCACAGGACAAGGAUGCGAGAUUGCAUGAACGGAGGGAGUACAAGAGGUUAGCCAAGGAAGAGAAGAGGAGAUUUCAAGGGAGAGAUUAAGUGCUGGAUAACUGAUGUUGCUUGUUGAUGUGGAUGUUUUGCUCUCGGCAUUACUGAAAUGUGUGAUAAGGAAAAUAGCAUUGCAUAUAUGGUAA